CGAUGUUGAUGUGCACUCUGUGGUUCCUGCUCCUACCUGCACUGUCUCUUGGCAACAACUGCUCUGAACACUGCAAAGCCUGUGGAGGACCUGAAAGAAACCAGUGUCUGCAGUGUCUGUCAGGGUUCACGCUGCACGACAAUGUGUGUGUGGACAUCGAUGAGUGCGGGACAGAGUUGGCGAAGUGUCCAGCUAAUACAUACUGCAUUAAUACAUAUUCAUCAUAUGAGUGCAGAAGUUGUGACCGGGCGUGUGUGGGCUGUAUGGGCUCCGGUCCUGCCCGCUGUAAGAAAUGUGCUCCAGGCUACAGAUCAGCUGAUCUGAAGUGUUUAGACAUUGACGAGUGCGGUGAGGAGGUGCUGGCCUGCUCCGAUAUCAACGCUCUGUGCGUGAACACUGAAGGAUCGUACCAGUGCCUCUGUGCAUCAGGCUUUACACGCAAGGGCACCACGUGUGUGAGGAACCAGACCCCCGCGGGACAGGAACGUGGCUUGUUUGAUGAUCUCCAGGACGACGAGGUGGAGGUGCUGAAGCAGAUGUUCUUCGGCGUGAUUCUGUGCGUCCUGGCCACGCUGGCUGCUAAAGGAGACAUGAUGUUCACCUCCAUUUUCAUCGGUGCUACGGCGGCCAUGGUGGGAUACUGGCUCUCAGGCAAGAGCGAUCGCCUGAUGGACAGCUUCCUUAAGGGGAGAUGAAGUGCGCAGGAGGACUAAGAGGACUGGGACUGAGAGCAAGCACAGGAACAGGAACAGUUUGCUUGCUUGGACAGAAAAUUGGGAUUGUUUUAUUUUUACGUUCAGUUUAUAAACACUCACUGACUUGUGAACAUCUCAAUUCUAUGUCAAUAUCACCUACGUUUGCCUGAUAUGUUAUUUCUGGGAUAUUGAAGGUAGGGAUCCCCACCCGUGUCCCUGUUUCACAUUAAUGUUAAA